AUGGCGACCCUGGCGCCGCCCCCGAAGGGCCCCAAGCUUGGCAGCAAGAAGCUGCCGCCGCUGCUAAAGCCAGUGGGGCCCCCCCCCAAGAAGCCUCCCCAAGCAUUCUUGGGGGCCCCCAAGCCUAAGGUACCCUCGGGGGGCCCCCCAGUACCCAACGGGGGGCCCCUAGACGAGCCCGCUUCAAACCCUAUUACCCCUUUAAUAUCCCCCGCGGCCUCUCCCCGGCCUCCGUCGCCGGGGGCCCCCCCCCAGGGGCCCCCAAAGGGCCCCAAGGGAGCCCCCCUGGCAAGGGGGCCCCCCCCGUCUAAGAAGGGGCCCCUGGCCGCAGGGCGGGUCUCCCCGGGGGCCCCCCGGGACACGGGGGCCCCCCAGCCCCCGGGGCUCCCAGCAGGGUCUGUGCGCCUUCUAGAUAUGCUCAAAAGGGGAUUAAAUGUUUCCAAAGGGGCCCCCAAAAGCUUUAAUUCAUUUUCAGAAAUGCAGCAUAAGGUCCCUUUGGGGGAUUCCCCAGCCCCCAGCGAGGCCCCGGAGGGGCCCCAGGGGGGCCCCCCAGCAACCCCUACUGCCAGCAGCCCAAGGGGGGCCCCUUCUUCUCCGAGAGACACUUGGGGCCCCCAGGACCCUUUGGGGGGCCCCCAGGAGUUGGAGGCCCUUAAAAGGGAAACUUCUGAAAGAGAAGAGUCCCCUGGGGCCCGCAAGGGGGCCCCCUUGCUCGAAGAACCCAGCGAGGGGCCCCUGGCAGGGGGCCCCCAACCAGCAACUUCUUCCCUUUUAAGCAGCACUUGGGAAAAAAGGGAAGAAGGCUGCAGCCUCCACUCCGAGGAUUUCCAGUUGCCUCCGUCUGCAGCAGCAGCAGGAGCAGCAGCAGGAGCAGCAGUAGAAUCUGCAGCAGAAUUUGCAGCAGAAACUGCAGCAGAAACUGCAGCAGAAACCGCGGCAGAAGCUGCAGCAGAAGCUGCAGCAGAAGCUGCGGAAGAAGCUGCAGCAGAAGCUUCAGCAGAAGCAUCAGCACAAACUGCAGCAGAAGCUUCAGCAGAAGCUGCAGCAGACGCUUCGGCAGAAGCUGCAGCAGAUUCUGCAGCAGAAGCUGCAGCAGAUUCAGCAGUAGCUGCAGCAGAAACUGCAGCAGGAGCUGCAGCAGCAGCUGCGGCAGAAGCUGCGGCAGAAGCUGCAGCAGCAGCUGCAGCAGCAGCUGCAACAGAAGUUGCAGCAGAAGCUGCAACAGAAGUUGCAGCAGCAGCUGCGGCAAAAGCUCUAGCAGAGGCUGCAGCAGAAACUGCAGCAGAUGCUGCAGCUGGGGUGUACAGACACCUGAAAGAGAGCAGCAGCAGCAGCAGCAGCAACAGCAGCAAACUGUGGCGAUAUGUAAGCACUCCAGCAGCGGCUGCCACUGCUACAGCAGCAAGAGGACCAGUGGACCAAAGGCCCGAACAGCUGCUGCUGUCGGCUGGCGAGAGCAGCAAGGCUUCAUUCUACAAGAGCAGCAACCACAGCAGCAGCAGCAACACCAGCAGCAGCAACCGCAGGUGCAGCAGCAGCAGCAAGAGACCGCCAGCAGCGCCUAAAGGCAUUCCUCUUGCGUCUCUUAUGAGGCAAAAAUAUUCCAGGUGGAGGCCGCCAGGAAGAAGAGAAAAAGCAGAGUUUAGUAACUGCAGCAAGCGGCAGCAGCAGAGAGAUCAGCAGCAGCUGAUGCAGCAGGAGCGACAGCUGCAGCAGUGGCUCUUGCCGCUGCAAGAGGAGCUGCAGCAGCGGCAGCACGAGGAGCAGCUUCAGCAGAUGCUGCUGCCGCUGGAAGAGGAGCGGCAGCAGCUGCAGCAGCAGCAGGAGCAGCAGCGGCAGCAGCUGCUGCUGCCGCUGCACGACAAGCGGCAGCAGAUGCAGCAGGAAAAACAGCUGCAGCAGUUACUACCGCUGCAAGGGAAGCGGCAGCAGCUGCAGCAGGAGCAGCGGCUGCAGCAGCUGCUGCUGCCGCUGCAAGAGGAGCGGCAGCAGCUGCAGCAGGAGCAGCAGCUGCAGGAGCUGCUGCUGCCGCUGCAGGAGGAGCAGCAGCAGCUGCCGCUGCUGCUGGGUCAAAGGAUAUAUCAAGAGUCGCAGGAUUUGAGCUGCAGUCUUGAGGAACUGAAGAGCAGCAGCAGCAGCAGCAAAUCGGCGUCGAGCCUUGGGCGUAUAGACACCUCAAGUUGCCACUUUUCCCUCAAAAACUCUGAAUUAAAAUUCACAAAAAUGAAAAGUCUUAACAGCAGCAGCAUGCAGAAGAGGGGGGCCCCCGGGGGCCCCCGCAGGGCUCGGAGUCGAGAGAGGCGGUGGCGGGUGCAGCAGCGAAGCAGAAGAAGCCGCAGCAGCAGCAGCAGCAGCAGCAGCAGCAGGGAGUUUUUGGGGGCCUCUUAUGUGUCUGCGGUGAUGAGGGAUUUGGCGAAAAAGGGAAAGAAGAGAAAAGAAGACCUUGGGGUGUAUGGACAGCUCGGCUUGCAGCUUGAAACAAAUCUUGCAAGUAAAGUCCGGGGCCCUGCAGCAGCAGCAGCAGCAGCAGCAGCAGUGGACCACUGCAGCAGCAGCAGCAGCAGCAGCAGGGGGCCCCCUGCUGCUGGGGGCCCCUUGGGGCUGCAUGCAGCAGCAGCUGUGGGGCCCCCUGAGAAGCUCUGCAGCCUCGAGAGCCUUACGGCCAGCGCUGUCUUUGCCUCGGUGAGAUCUUAA